AUGAUUCCACGAACAACAACUGAAAGCUCCAUCGCGAGUGUUACUUCGACCACAGUCGGCUCCACAACUGCAUCCAGCUUCGUCGACACCACUACGGUCGCGGCCUCUUCCACUUUGACCUCAGAUGAAGAAUCGAGCACCAUAGUUACGGAAUCCAUCAGCAGCGCAGAGACGUCUCUCGACCCCGAGGAAACGUCAACCACUGCCUUGUCGACCACCGAAGCCACAACGACCGAGAUUGCUACGACAACUGAAGCUGCUACUACUACCGACACAACGACUACAUCGGAAGCCCCAUCGGCUGUGCCCUUCCUCAGCAAUGCUGGAUUCGAUGAUUACGCUUCAUCCCUCGCGCCCUGGGAACUCCAAACCGGCGAGAAUACCGUAUCCAUUGCCUCAGACGUCAAACAUGAUGGACGCAAUUCCGCUCUCAUGGUCCAAGGAAUGAGGGGUACCGUAGACUACAUCAGGCAGCCGCUCCGGGGUUCCAUUACUGCUGGUGUUGCAUAUACCAUGUCCGCUUGGGUCAAAGCAGAUAUGUUUUGCCCUGGUGUCGCGCUCAUCUGCACAUAUCAAACCAACAAUUUCGAUGAUCCAGAGGGUAUCCUUCUUACCUCGCAUGUGGACGAGUGGACGCAUGUUUCUUCGACUUGCACUUAUACACAGGAGCAGGUUGAUUCUGGGGAAUACUUUGACCUUGUAUUAUUACUCUUUGACAAGAUGGUGGACCAUAAAGAAAUACUCCGACCAAAGUAUAGUUUCGAUGAUAUCCCAUCCCUAGCAGGCAAAGUCGCCCUCGUCACAGGAGCCAAUACUCCAGAUGGUGUCGGUUAUCACAUUGCACAUCAACUCGCCCUCAAGGGAGCAAAAGUCUACAUCGGCACCCGCAAUCUACAAAAAGCAACAAAAGCUAUUAGAACCAUGCUUGCCGAAUCACCAGAGCUAAAACCCGAAUCUCUCGUUCCAUUUGCGGUUGACAUGGGAAAUUUCAAACAAGUCCAAUUCGCUGCGAGAAAAGUCGUCGCAGAAGAGCCUCGGCUUGAUAUCCUGGUCAACAACGCUGCUGUUCUCGCUAGACCUCUUGAUAAAGAUGGAAAUGGCAUCUCGGUUUCUUUUGGCAUUAAUCAUCUGGGCCCUUUUCUUCUGACUAGGGAGUUGUUACCGCUGCUUAAUAAGACUCAGGCUGAACAUCCUGGUGUGCGGAUUGUGAAUGUUGCUUCGACGGCUCACUACGAUGUUCCGACGGGUGCAAAGUUUGGAUCGCUGGAGGACUUUAAUACUACUUACGGGAGUGAGGAUGAAUCAUCCGCUAAUUAUCUUCGAUAUGGCUACUCCAAACUCGCAAGCAUUUUGCACACUAAAGAGCUUCAGCGUCGUUUUGACCAGCAAGGCAUUGAUAUUCUUGCACUCAGUGUCCAUCCUGGAGGAGUUGCAACGAAUGGAGCGGCAGGAUACCUUGGAGGUAGAGAUAACGACAUCUUCCGAUCGAACCUCUCACCUUUCGAGGGUGCCAUUACACCUCUAUUUGCCGCUGCUCAUCCGGAACCAGCUCGACAGAGAGAUAAGUAUGCUGGGUCGUUUAUCAUGCCGUUCGGUGGACUGAAAGAACCAACUGAGGACGCGAAUAACGUCGAGUUGGCGAAACAACUCUGGACAACGUCUGAGAAGGUGGAUUAUGUCAUAAUGAGAACUUGGUUCGGUCGUGGCAAGAAACUGCAGCGCGCGGUAACAUCAUGCUGUCUCUGCGCUUUUGUUCUUUACGGCUAUGAUCAAGGUGUCUUUGGAGGCAUUCUCGAGAACGAGGAUUGGAUGCGACAGUUUAAUGAUCCUGGCGAUACUUUGACUGGAUUCAUUACCUCAAGCUAUAAUCUGGGCUGUUUGUUGGGGUGUUUUAAGAAUUUCUUUGUUGGUGAGAAGCUUGGUAGGAGGUGGACUAUUUGGGUGGCCAUGGGUUGGAUCCUUGUUGGGGCUGCGUUGCAAGCAACUGCAUUUACACGAGGACAUCUCAUCGUGGGGCGGGUUGUAACUGGUUUUGGCACCGGUCUCAAGACCUCUACUGUCCCCAUGUAUCAAUCCGAACUUUGUGAGGGUACAAAGCGUGGUCGUCUCGUCUCGGCAGAAGUCAUGUUCGUUGGUAUCGGCAUCGCCUUCGCAUACUGGUGGGAUUUUGCCUUUAGCUUCGUCGGUGGGCCCUUCGCAUGGCGAUGGCCUCUCGCUUUUCAAGCUGUCUUUGCAUUCUGGGUCAUCUUUGUGGUGUUUGGUGUACCGGAGUCGCCUCGUUGGUUGCUCAAUCAUGGAAAGAGACAAGAGGCCGUCGAAGUGCUGUCAGCAGUCUAUGAUAAAUCAAUUGACCAUCCUGAUAUUCAGCGAGAGGUUCAGUCAAUCGAGGCGGCUUUAUCGAUGGAAGCCGAAGCAGAGGGAAGUGCUUCUUGGGCUUCGACCUUUAGGAAGGAUAAGGUCAGCACGAGAUACCGAGUCUUCCUUGCUUGGUUCGUGCAGUUUAUGAACCAGGCUGGUGGCAUCAACCUGGUCGUUUACUACAUCUUAACUGUUCUGACCGCCAACGUCGGGCUGGAACACAGGCUGGCCCAGAUCAUCGCCGGCUGUAUCCAGCUGAUGUUUCCCAUCGGAUCCUUACUCCCUACGCUAGCUUUGGACAAGAUGGGUCGUCGGUCUACCAUGAUGUGGGGAUCUGCUGGGCUGUCUUUCUCGAUGAUGAUGGUAGCCGCACUCUUAUCUCAGGCAGAUGAUACAUCACGAGGUCGAGCAUUUGCUGCUGGAUCAGUAGCUUUCUUCUUUACAUACAUGCUUGUGUUUGGUGCCAGCAUGAACUGCGUUCCGUGGGUUUACGUCCCCGAAAUCCUCCCUCUUCAUGCUCGAACCAAGGGGACUGCCAUUGGCGUCAGUUCCAACUGGCUUUGGAAUUUUACAGUAGUCAUGAUUACUCCCAUCCUCAUCAAUCGUCUUCAGUGGAAGGCAUAUUUAAUCUUUAUGGCCACCAACCUCAUUUUCGUUCCGAUCAUCUUCUUUUUAUACCCCGAGACAUCUAACCUAGCUCUUGAAGAAGUUGACUACAUCUUUGCUCGUGGCGAGAAUACUGUUCAAGUGGCUAGGGAGAUGCAGAAAGAACUUGCUCUUCAUGGACGCCUGGCGGAUGAUAGAUAUCCUGAGAACGCAACAAAGGUGGAAAAUAUCUAG